GAGCGUUUUUGCUGAUGACAAUCAUUUUGGUUGCCCUGUAAAAGGAAAAAAGCUGAAUAAAUAAAUUUUGUCAACUCGAAAAAUCCUUAUCUUUAUUAUCUUUGCUCUUUGGCUUCUUUAAAUUCUCUCCAUUCAUUUAUUUUUCUGAUAUCAAUCAGCCGAAAAAGAAAGCAGACAUGGACGCAAGCGAGUUCAGAAAGCGGGGCAAAGAGGUCAUUGAUGCCAUUGCCGAUUACUACGAAAACCUCGACCAGGUACCCCCAAUGGCAGCAGUAAAGCCAGGCUACUUGUACAAGCUCAUGCCCCACGAGGCUCCCGAGGACCCAGAGUCCUUCGACGACAUCCAAAAGGACAUUCAGACUAAGAUCAUGCCCGGGAUAACUCACUGGCAGUCAGGCAACUUUUUUGGCUGGUACCCCUCCAACAGCUCGUUCCCAGCCAUGCUUGGCGAUAUGUACAGCAACAUGUUUGACGUUAUCGGAUUCAAUUGGUUGUGCUCGCCAGCUACGACCGAACUCGAGACCGUGGUUAUGGAUUGGCUGGGUAAGCUGCUCGGCCUCGAUAAGCGCUUCUUGUCGAUAAAAGAAGAUGGCACCGAGGGCGACGGCGGAGGAGUUAUCCAGGGUAGCGCCAGCGAGGCACACAUUGUGGCAAUGCUGGCCGCUAAAGAAAAAGCACUCGAACGCAUCAAGGCGGACGGAAGCGUGAGCGAGGAUGAGUCUGAUGCGAUGAGGCAUAAGAUGGUCGCGUAUUUCUCUGACCAGACGCAUUCGUCGGGCCAGAAAGGGACGAAUAUAAUCGGUUGCAAGAGUCGUACUAUACCAACCGAUGGCAACUUUAGGCUGACCAAGGCCGCUUUGGUUACAGCCAUCGAAGAAGACAAGCAGGCUGGGCUCAUUCCGUUCUUCGUCUGCGGCACCUUUGGCACAACCAACACGGCCUCCAUUGAUGACAUCCCGGGCAUUGCGGAUGUCGCAGCCGCUGAGCAUCUAUGGUACCACAUUGACGCUGCAUAUGCUGGAGCGUCACUCACCUGUCCUGAGUUCCGCCCGCUUGCUGUCGGCAUCGAGCGCGCAGACUCGUUCAAUUUUAACCCGCACAAGUGGAUGCUGACCAACUUUGACUGUUCAGCCAUGUGGGUGGCCAGCUCGACACACCUGACCAAUGCCCUGGGUAUCCAUCGCGAGUAUCUUCCGCGGGUCAAGGGUGAAACUGCGUUUGUAAAGGACUACCGCGACUGGCAGGUGCCUCUCGGCCGCCGGUUUCGUGCACUUAAGCUGUGGUUUGUAAUGCGUAUGUAUGGUGCCUCGGGAAUUCGUGCUCACAUCCGCGAGCAUGUCAGACAGGCAAAGUGGCUCGAGCAGCAGCUGCUUACUGACGGGCGCUUUGAGAUCAUGGUACCUGUUGUCUUUGGUCUGGUGGUAUUCCGUAUCAAACCGAGCGCACUUGCCACAAGUGGUGAUGUUGCUGUCGAAGAAUCGACAGUGAACGCAGCCAAUAUAAACUACUCAAAGCACAUCAAUGCCGACGGGCGCGUGUUCCUUGUGGGUACAAAACUGAAGGGCGUGGAUGCUGUGCGCGCUGCCAUCGGCUCUACUAUUGGCAAGCAAGAGAACGUCGAGUUGCUCUUGCAAGUCCUCAAACAGUCGGCUGCCGAUAUUAUUUCUCAGCAAAAGUAACUUGGCAUUGCGCCUGGAUUGCCAUCAUUAGAUACAAAUAAUUCAAUCAUUAUUAUUCUUAUAACUUACAAAUGUAAACG